GCGGGCGAUGGGAGUCGGGAGGCCGGGGGUCAGCCCUCGUCGGUGUCGUUCCGAUGUCCGGAACAGUUUGGUUAUUAUGCCGACAGUAAUAACUGCAGCAAAUAUUUUGUGUGCGUUUUCGGUGAGGCCCUCCACGAGGCCUGCACGGGGGGACUCAGGUUCUCGUCCGAGUUGCAGACCUGUGAUUGGCCCCGCAAUGUUGUCUGUCCUUCCGAGGAUUCCGACACAGAAUCGCAGCCAAAGAAUACAAACACUGAUUCUGAUGGAGGACUGGGAGGUGGCAGAGGGGAAGGGGACGACACCUCAGGCGGUGAUUCCCUAUACGACUAUAAUGUGGAGGAAAUCCGACAACAGGUCAAGAAUACUAACAAUCAAAAUGAAGACAAUUUACGGAAUAUUCAGAACAGUUUCGACAACUUAUUGCUGAAUAACAAUAAAAACACGAAUAAUAGGAAUAAUGAUAAUAAUAACGAGGAUUUCCUGGACCUCCAGCGCUCCCGGAGUGUUGUCAACCCACAGGAGCGCGGGUUUGGGCAGCAAUUGAUUGGCCGAAGUGUGUCCGGAGUGAGGGUCACAUCCGUGACGUCCAGCACGUCGGACGGCCAGUCGUUUCGGGACAGCCAGUCGGCCAACAGUAACAGUGCCCCUAAACAGUCUGAUCCCCCCAAGAACAACAGGGUAACCGUCGACGACCUCAAUAACCCCAACUUCGAUGAGGCCAUUGCCGCCAUAAUUGACGAGAACGGAGGGGUACACCUAAAUGACGGGCCCGGGAGUCUGUAUGCGAUCGUAUCUCAGGGUCCCGGUGUCGGUCCCGACGAUGACAAGGAGGUCAACGUGUUUGUGAAGCCUAUCAACAGCGAGUUGAAGCAAAACACGCGCCGCGGGUUAGCCCACAAUAAUCACAUCAUUUUGCUGAAUAGGACCCAAUUGGCGAUACCCCAGUCCACCAACAAUAGGGGCGCCACCAAUAGGUUCCUACCGGCGCCCAGGGGUACCCAACAGACACAGUACGUGCCCCUACAGGUGCCGCCUGUGAACAGCAAACCCCCGGAACUGUCGCAAUCACAGCACAGAUCUAACGCCCGGACCUCCAGACAGAGAAUUCACAUAAUUGUGAACAACAGGACUCAAGUCCAGGAGAUCCCGAUCGACGAUCCCAUAGAUUUCCAGCGCAUACCUGCCAUACAACAGACCACUCCCUCUCAGAAUAGAUACUCAAACCCCCGCACAGGCAGUGGUGAGCAUAAUAGGCGUCCCAUACCGGCGCCCACUGUACGGACGACCACCACUGAGAAGCCCAGGAGGGAGACGCCUACGGAACGGCCCCAACACCGGCACAUACAGCACAACCCGGAGUCCAGUUAUGUGGCGGUCAAUGAGCGCCGACAGACGGCCGCCAACGCCAGGACUGUAGUCGCCAACGACUACGCCAUUCAACCGGAGGUCGGAUUUGUCCCCAGGGAUACUGUCCCUCAACGGCCGCCCCCUGUAUACCGGACACCCGAACCCUACUCGACGGCUAUGGCCUGCAAUCAGAAAUCGUGUCGACUCCCCGAUUGUUUCUGCGCCGGCACUGAUAUCCCAGGCGGUCUACCGGUGGGUCAGGUGCCGCAAAUCGUGUUGAUGACCUUCGAUGACGCCAUAAAUGACAUCAAUUUUCAUAUCUAUGACGAGAUCUUCCAGAGUCACCGCACAAACCCAAACGGCUGUCCCAUUAGAGCCACGUUUUACGUGUCGCACGAGUGGACGGACUACGGACAGGUCCAGACUCUGUACUCCCGGGGCCACGAGUUGGCCUCACAUUCAGUCACUCACAGUUUUGGCGAAAGGUUUAGCAAAAGUCAGUGGAAUAAGGAGAUCAAUGGCCAGCGAGAGAUCCUACACCUGUAUGGGGGCGUCAACCUGGAGGACAUCCGUGGCAUGAGAGCCCCUUUCCUUCAAGGAGGGGGUAAUAAGCAGUUUGAGAUGUUAUAUGAGGCCAACUUCACGUACGACUCAACAAUGCCUGUCUUUGAGAACAACCCCCCGUACUGGCCGUUCACACUAGACUUUGCAUCAAAUCACGAGUGUAUGAUAGCUCCCUGUCCCACAAAAUCCUUUCCAGGAUUCUGGGAGAUCGGCAUGGUCAUGUGGCAGGACCUACGCGGGGGCCGGUGCUCUAUGGGGGACGCCUGCUCUAACCCCACCGACGAGAACGGCGUGUUUGAGAUGAUAAUGAAGAACUUCAACCGCCACUACCAGUCCAAUCGGGCGCCGUUCGGUCUGUACUACCAUUCCGCGUGGUUUAACACCGAUCACCACAAACGCGGGUUUAUUCGUGUGAUCGAUGAGCUCCUGAAGCGAAAGGACGUCUACUUUAUGACCAAAUGGCAGGCAAUCCAAUGGAUGCGUAACCCGAAGCCCGUACACGAGUUGUACAAAUCCCAGUCCCUUCAGUGCGGGGCUCAGGUGUGGGCCAAUAGGCCGCCCCCUUGCCUGCAGCCAAACAUAUGUAACGUGGGCUCCAAGAGUGGCUCGCGUUUUCUCAAGACCUGCCAGCCCUGCCCGCUGACCUACCCCUGGGUGGGCAACACCGGGUUCGCCAAGUCA